AUGCUUGGUUGCCAAAUUUUAAGAUUUUCGGCCCUACAAGAUUUAAAACUCUUCACACCUUUAGUUCUACAGUAUACUCACAAACAUGCGGCUACUUGUCCGGUUAACAAAGCAAAACAAAAGAGAUGUCCUGGAGCUGGUGGGUUAAAGAAAAGUGGACCUUCUAAGACCACAGGUAUACCCCUCAAACGUGGGCCAGUAUGUAAGCUACCUGAAGAUAGAACAGGUGGUGGAAGUGGAAGUGAAAGUGGAAAUGUACUAAGACGAGCCAAAAUGCCAGGAAAAGUUCGCAUGGGCUUCGUUCCAGAAGAAUGGUUCCUUUUUUUAAAACCUAUGACCGGCGUCUCGGGACCUUAUAUUUUAAUGAUCGGCCUUUCAAAUUACUUAGUUAGCAAAGAAAUUUUCGUAAUGGAACACGAGUAUUAUAUGGGCAUUUCUCUAUUUAUAAUGGUAUAUUAUGGUGUCACCAAAUUUGGACCUCCACUUGCUGCGUAUCUUGACAAAGAAGUCGAUAGUUUUACUAAUGAUUUAGAAAAGACGAGACAAGAUGAGCUUGAUUUUCAUAAAACCAUUAUAAAAAACUCUGAAACUGCAAUCUGGAGAGCAAAUGGACAAAAAGACUUGAUGCUGGCUAAAAAAGAAAAUAUUGCAAUUCAAUUAGAAGCUAUUUAUCGGGAAAGGGGAAUGAUAAUAUACCAACGAGUCAAAAGCCGCUUAGAUUAUCACGUGAAACGACAACGUAUUGAAAAGCGCAUACAACAGAAGUGGAUGGCGCAAUGGAUUUUAACUAACGUUGAAAAAUCAUUCACUCCAGAAUUUAAGAAACGAGCGAUGCAAUAUGCGCUUAGUCAGUUAUCGAAUCUAGUAAACCAGCUGCCUCAGAAAUAA